UUAUGAAUCCAUGAGCAGAAAUAGAAGAGCUGCGUCUGAGUGGUAGCUGUCGUCAGAGACCAUGAGUUCGGCCAGUGGUACUGGCGGGGAAGGUGAUGCCUCCAAGACUGAACGCCGUGCGAGCCUAACACGCACCACCAGGUCACGGAGCUCGAGUAAAAGAGGAAAUAUUCCCGUGCGAUUGACAAGGUCCAGUAUCUACAACCAUCCUGCCAUCGCCACUCCAGUCGAGGAAACUAUUUUGUCAGCUCCAGCUGAAGUUUCUGAUGACAUUCUUGACACUAAGGACACUUAUGUAUCCGAAGCCGAGUCCCCCGAUCCCCAUGAGACAGACAAAGAGCGUUCAACGUUCGAGGUUUGUAUAACUCAGCCAGUCUUAGUGCUGGAGAGACAGUUUGUGUCCGAAGGAGAAGCAUCAACUGACACUAGAAGAGAUCUUGAAAUCGCCGAGACAAGUCAAGUUUUCAAGAAAGAAGAUAUCGAGGAGGAGGAAGAUGAUGUUUCAACGGACAGUAGUGGAGCUGUGUUGGAUAUAUUGAAUAUUGCUUCAGAUAUUAUGCCUCAGAAAGACGCUUUGGAAAGCCAAGAAGAAUGCUCUUCUGUCACAUCUAAUUCGGAUCUAGAUCAAACCUCUGCAAUAUUAGCUGGAACAGAAACUCGCAAGGCUCUGGCUGACCAAAUUGACGAGAUGGCUGGCAAAGAAGAUAAGAAAAAAGUGUUAGAGUUGAUGUCUCUUAAUUUUAAUUCUUCUGCUGACGUGGAGAAAGCGAAAGAGUUGAUUUGCGAGACGUUGGCAGCCAAAGAGAAAAAAGCCACGACGCGCAAGUCUAAGAAGCGCAGGCUAGAGUUGAUGCUCAUGGAACUAGCCGAGAGCGGAGAUGCUUCCACUAGCAAAGACGGUAACUCUAAGUAUGCUUUGCUUAAAACUAACCCUAUCACACACGCUCUGAAACGCGUCCGAAAAGAGCCUAUUACAAGCCCUCCUAGUAUGACAUCCCCCACGUCCAUUAUCGUCACCUCACCUGCCUUCCUCUCCCUCCCGUCCCCAUCCUUCACUGGUCUAACUUCCAAGUCUACGACCCCGUCUCUUCGCAGCUUGAAGUCUCUGACAUCAUCGUCAGGGAACAGUCUUAUUGCGUCCACCUCCUCCGACUUGUCCUUGCCAACCCAAAGUUUGUCGGCGACUGCGGUGACGAGUAUCGCGAUAGCUACCUCGCCGGCCUUGAAGAGAGUUAGACGAGGCGACCGUCGAUCCGGAAGUGAGAAAGAUUCCAGUGAAGAGACAACGAGUCUGUCUGAAGCCUCUGAAGCAGAGUCCAACAAAACUGAUGAAAAUUCAGGCCUUAAGAAAAAAUCUAAAGUUAAGUCCAGAAAAGUGUCAGCGGCCAUGGACGAAAGCGCCAAUUCAUCCAUUGGUACUCCAGCUGAAUCGGAAUCAGACAUUGCUCCCUCAGUGGAAAUGAAGAAAAUAGUAUUGCUUCCAGCUCGUGUUGGUCGAGGUCGCGGUCGUGGCAGGGGAAAAGCCAUUGAUUUGAUACUCUAUGGAAACUCCCACAAUGAGGACGUCCAAACAACUUUAUCCAGUCGCUUGAAGUCACGAAGUCGCCCUACGAGACUAUCGCUUCCUUAUAUAACCCCUGUAAGCGAACAAAGUUCAAUAUCGGAGAGAGAUGCGUCGCCUUCGUCAGAUGAUUUCAAUCCAGAUUUCACCCCUAGAACAUCUACUAGCAAAUUACACGAAGGCCGCCUUGUUAGAUCUUCAGAAAAUGAAAAGAACGUUUCUUGGAUUUCUCGUCGCAGGCAAGCGCGAGCUAAGCUCGAUAAAGGCACCAGUGUUGAACCCAUAAAACUCGAAGAUGGUAAAGAUUUAGAAAACAAAGAUCUAUUUGAUAGUUCGAAAGGAGAAAGUUCGUCUACCGAUAUGACUGGGGACGAAUUGCCUGAUAUAACGCAGCCCAUAAUUGCAAAGACAAUUGCUGCUCCGGAAUUCGCUGAAAAGACCGUAAAGUUUAAUCGUAAGCGGGUUGCCGCCAAACAGGUUACUAAUUCAUCGUCUUGUGACUUGGCUGAUGAUCAGAAGAACGUGGUUGACAACGAGAGUGAAGUUCACAAUGAGAAGAACGUAACCGAAAAGAUGAAGAACGUGGCUAGAAAAUCUCAAGUGAAGACCAUAGACGUUACGGAUGAAGCGAUUUCUUUGAGAGGUCGUAAACGGAAGUCCCACACAUCAGCACUUGAAGAAGAUGACAUGGUCUGCACACGACGAAGCCGAAGCUCCACUCCGGUCAAUGUGAUGUCGGGUACCAAACUCCUCGAGACCUCCCGCCUUGCUAGGAAGAAGUUUGCCUCAAGGGAGAACAGUAUCGAAGAUGUGCCUCAAAAUCCUAUUGAAGUUGGAAAAGAAGAAAUCACACACGAAAUAGUCGAGGCGAAACAUGAAAAUGACGUUUCUCUCCACUCUUCGGAAAUCACUGCUGUGGGCGAUGGCUUAGUUCUCAGAAAUUCCUCUGUCGAAGCAGAAUUAGAACGAGACUUGAAAGCAAGCGCUGCUGAAAUGGAGGAGAGCUCCUUAUUUGAUUCUAGUGUCAAGCCUGCCGCUGUGGCUACCAAAAGAAAGAAGAAAUACUUUCGCGGCCUCAAGUAUUCGUUUUCGUCCAGCGCUGAGCGAAAGAGGAAGCAGGCUAGGGAAGCCAGGAAAGCUGCUGAGGCUGCAAGUGAAGCUUCAUCCUCCUCUAUUGUGGCUGACGAUGAACCUGGCUCGGAAAGAACUGAUGAUAAAUCGAUUAAAACCGAGGGAGGUAUCGACAAUGCCUCUGUCGAUGCUUCUAAAUCUUAUGGUAUCAGUGCACAAACUGAAAGAGACAGUAGUGACCACAUUAAAACUCCUGUCGCGCCCGAACUUUCAGCAACUGAGGCCAAGAAGGCUUUGCUUGCAUCGACUCUUUCUGAUAUUGACAAAAAUAACGUUUUAGCUGCUACAGAGAAUGAGGUAUGUUCAGACCCUAUUCCUUCGGAUGCUUCUCCAGCUAACAGCAAGCAGGUAACAAUCGUCCGACGGUCAAUGUCUGUUGAUGAGGGGACAAAGAACCAAGUCGAAAAUUUAAUUCAGUCUUCUCCAAGCGCUUCCCUUUCAGUUGUAAUGAACAGCCCGUCAUUGGCUCUGAAAUUGUCACCUUUAUCACUUCUUAAGCCUUCUGCUGCUCUUGAUGAUAGUAAAAAUGACGAAACCUUGUCGGUUUCUCUAGCCACUCCAUUUGGAUCUCCUCAAAAAGGAUAUUCGGAUGAAGUUUCCCCGCCCAGUACCGAUGUUAGCGCUCGAUCUCUGACGAUAAAUUCACCAUCGGUUUCUAUUUCACCGAACAAUGAAAGCGGUUACCGGAGAUGGUCUCUCCAAGAGCCCGCCUCAAUGGAUUCCACUUCAAGCGCUACUAGAAGCCCAGUGAAGCAGCCAACUUUGGACUUUUUGCGCAGCUUGUCGCUCGUCAGAACCGAAGAUGUCAAAUUCAUGCGGGAAGAAGCCAUUAAAAAGUCGGAAAAUAGACCGAAGAUCGACUUGCAUUCAUUGACAGCAGCCAUGAAUAAGAAGAAGAAGCCAAUCAAGCUCAAACGUAACAACGAAGUAGGCCGACAGUCUUCCUCAUGUUCGAGUGAGAAGAAGCAGGAUGUACAUGAUGCCGAAAACCCCUACACGUUUGUCGCGUCGCCUCCGAAGAUUGUGUCUCUGCGGUCACGCGACCCCAUCGCUUCUGAAUCUGCUUCUGAAAAUCUUCCUAUUACGGCGAUGCGGUCGACGAGACGUAAAGCUUGUGGUGGAGGGCGAAAGCAACUGGAUAUGACAACUCCUCUCGAUGCUGACAAGUCCUCGGUAGAAACUUCGCCACUCAAAACUAAAGAAGGCACUUCGGAGUGUGCAACCUCGUCGCCUUUUAAGUCCGAUGCGAAUGACAUGGUUAAGUUCCAGACAAAUAUUCCUCAGGGAGGAGCUAAUCUGGAUACUGAGGUUCGGCAGGAAGAGAAUAACGUGCUCGAGGAAAGUCCAAAGACUUUUGAUUUGCCAACAAAGACCAAGUGUAUCGCAAAUUCAGAUGACAGUGGCACUAUAAUUGACAGAAAUGCCAGAGAGGCUACCGAGGAAGAAACUACCUUAAACAUUAAACACCAACCGUCCGUCUUAUCUCGCAGUCACUCUUCUCCGGCAUCACCUAGAUCAAAAACUGAUGUUGUAAAGGAAGCAAUCGGCGAGCAGCGCACCAAUUCUUGCAAUGAGUCUGGAGUCGAGACUCCGACGGCGCCUCCUGCAUGUGCUCAAAUCACGCCUGGAGCUGCCCCUGGUGUAGAGCACCAAGGAUCUUACUUAUCAGACUCGUCGGUGUCAAGUGCUGCGGCCACUGGCUCAGUUAUCCUCGAAGGAGGCGUACGGAAAAGUCGACGCAUCGGUAAGCUGCAUUCGACGCCGCAAUUGCCACAACCGCUGGCCAUUGCCGCUCCUGCCGCCGGUGAUCAUCCGCUUAACGACGGAAGUCAGGAGCGUGUCGAUGUGGCGUGCGAGGAGCUGCGUGAGGUGCUGUGCAAGUGUCGGGUGCAGCACAACCCCCUGGCGUCGCUGCCUGGUGGGCCCAUCUACUGCCAGGCCAUCGACUCCUUCGACGGCCGCAUGCUCGGCUGCUGCAACAUUGUUAAGAAGAACACGUAUCUCCGUGUGAGCGGCAAGAUCCCCUUCCUGUUGCUGUGCGACAUUCACCGCCAACGCCUGCGCAGGCAUAACUGCUGUCCGGGCUGUGGCCUCUUCUGUACUCAAGGUGUGUUCCUGGAGUGUCGCUGGUCAGAGGGCAUCACUCAUCACUACCAUCGUCUGUGUGGCGUGUCGUCACCCUCAGCUGACGGCGCUCUGCUCUGUCCUCACUGUGGGUCAUCUGAUGCUCCUGCUGAGGUGCUGCUCGACCUCAAGCUCGCCAGGAAACCUGUUGUCUACCUCGAGCAACAUCAGGAGAAGAAGGCCUCAAGCGGCGCCCGUAUGAGUUGGACUAGCAAGGGGGAGUUGUCUCCUGACGCGUCGCUGGAAGACGCAGGGCCUGAGCUCGCGCUGGGCGAGAGCGGCAAGGUCGUCUCUGCCGGCAAGCUCGCUCCAAGCCUCGACAGAGACAAACUGGAGGCGGCCAUCAUCAGCGUCUCGGCCGGCAAACCACCCAACAUCAAAUGCACCCCGAAGUCGCUGUACUACGCCACCAAGCACGGCGACCUCGAGAAGGUCCUGCAAGUUCUGUCGGGCGGCGUGGACCCGAACUCGCGUCUCAAGGACCACAAUCAGACGGGGCUGCACAUGGCGGCCACCAUGGGUAACGUGGCCAUCGCUCACGUGCUAGUCAUGGCUGGUGCUGCCCUCGAUGUUACCGAUUCCAGCCUCUUCACUCCGCUCAUGAUCGCGGUGCAGAAACACCACAACAACGUCGUGCAUUACCUCGUCGCUGCCGGCGCUGAGCUGCAAAUUAAGACGAACGAAGGCAUGACAUGCCUGCACCUGGCGGCCAAGCUGGGUAACCUGACGGGUUGCCGCCACCUGCUGGACAGCGGCCGCCUCUCCCGCCACGCCAUCAACAUGCAGGACGAGGGCGGCUGGACGCCUCUAGUCUGGGGCUCUGAGAACCGCCACAUCGCUGUUGUCAAGUUCCUGCUGGAGCGUGGGGCGAACGCUCAGCUGUGUGACGUGGAGCAGAACACAGCGCUGCACUGGGCCGCACUCUCAGGCUGCACACGCAUCUGUGCCAUGCUGCUGGACCGCGGCUGUUCCUUGCACUCCAUGAACGCUUACCGCGACACUCCGCUGCACAUAGCGGCCCGGCAGAAUCACCGUGACGCCGUCGUGCUGCUGUUGGCGCGCGGUGCGACGCUCGACUGUCUUAACUCGAAGGGCCAGACGCCGCUGGAGUGCGCGCUGCCUGACAGCGAAGUGUACCUUCAACUCACACUUAACCAUAAACUCCGUCAGAUGAUGCAUGACAAGAACCAUCGCUCCAACACCGUCCUCUCCAGCGACAUCGCGGCGGGCAAGGAGCAAGUGCCCAUCCCGUGCAUCAAUGGCGUGGAUGACGAGCCGCUGCCGCGCAAUUAUCUCUACAUUGCAGAGAACACCGAGGCAGCUAACAUCAACAUCGACCGCUCUAUCACGUCUCUUAAGUGGUGCCAGUGCACUGACGGCUGCAACUCAGGAGACUGCGGCUGCACGCAGCUCAACUUCCGGUGCUGGUACGACCCGGAAGGCCGUCUGCUGCCAGACUUCAACUACCUCGACCCGCCGAUGAUUUUUGAAUGCAACCGAGCAUGUGGCUGCAACAAACUGUCUUGCAACAACCGCGUGGUGCAGCACGGCAUCACCGCGCACCUUCAGCUCUUCCGUACAACUAAUAAAGGAUGGGGCGUUAGAGCCCUCAAACGCAUUCUUAAGGGCUCGUAUGUGUGUGAGUAUGUGGGCGAGAUCAUCACAGAUCUGGAGGCGGACCAGCGGCAGGACGACUCGUAUCUCUUCGACUUGGACAACCGGGAUAGUGAAACGUUCUGCUUGGACGCCCGCAACUACGGCAACGUUGCUCGCUUCAUCAACCAUUUGUGUGCCCCGAACCUGACGCCCGUGAAGGUCUUCUUGGACCAUCAAGACCUCGCCUUCCCACGCAUCGCUCUCUACGCCUCCCGCGACAUCGAGGCUGAGGAGGAACUAGGGUUUGACUAUGGCGAGAAGUUCUGGAUGAUCAAAUACAAGCAGUUCACGUGCACAUGUGGAGGCGAGACUUGCCGCUACUCGGCCAGCGCCAUCCACGCGACGCUCGACAAAUACCAGGCGCGUCUCCUGGAGUCUGGCACCGCCCUGUCGCCGCAGCGCCGUACGAGCAGCAGCGAGAACAGCACAUGACGGCCUGCUGUUUCUAAGGGUGUUAGAAAUGUCAAGAACAGCUUUAAAACAACAGUGACGUACACAGUUGAAGUCGGGUUUGAAUGAAUUUCUCUAAAAUAACAGUAAAGUACGCAGCUGAGGUCGGAUUUGAAUUUGCUCUAAAAUAACAGUAAAGUACGCAGCUGAGGUCGGAUUUGAAUUUGCUCUAAAAUAACAGUAAAGUACGCAGCUGAGGUCGGGUUUGAAUGAACAGCUCUAAAACAACAGUAAAGUACGCAGCUGAGGUCGGGUUUGAAUGAAUUGCUCUAAAAUAACAGUAAAGUACGCAGCUGAAGUCGGGUUUGAAUGAAUAGAAUGCAUGUAGCAAUGCAGUUUUUAGCUGCUAUUGAUCUAGCACGAGUAGGUAAAGCACGAGUAGUUUUUUAAGUGCCAAGACGACGAAAUUUUAACGUAAUAUGAAAGUUAUUUAUUACUGCAGGUACGUUUGUAAGACGUAAUUCAGUAAACUAAAGCGGAAGAUUAGAUACAUGCAACAAGAUUCAGAGCUCGUGGGAUAGAUAGGUUCGGUCUGUAGGUCCGACCUGUCACAAUUAUGAUGCUCUGAAUUAAGUUGUUCAUGAGCUUAUCCGUGUUUAUUUCACGUAUAAUUACUUUAAAUUACGAGUAUUUCACAACACAAACGAGUAUGAAGUUGAAGUGGGUUAGGAAGCUCAUCUUUCGAGUGUGUGAGAACGUGAUCUGAUUUUAGCACCGGGAAUGUCGGAAUGAAAGACGAAGUGUGUUCAGGUGAGAGGAACGACGCAUGCCUCUACCGUUGCAAAUAAUAUUCUUAAAUUAUUUCACCAAUAUUAUUAUUAUUAUAUUUCGCCCAGUGUUCCACAAUAAUGAAUGCCAGACUAUAGCACAAGAAAAUAUGACGAAUUGUAUGUUAUUUACACUUAGAACAUUUUAUAAAUUUUUCCUAUUUAUGACUCGAAUUGCGUUGGAUGAAUUCAACAUUUAGUAUGGUGAUUAGGGUUAGAAUAUUUUGUGUUAUGUAAAUCUCAAUUUGUAAUUGAAAAGGGUAAUAACUCGAUUUUCAUGUGAUGCAAUAUCAUCAAGCAAUUACUCAUACUACUAUAGACAGUCGAAGAAAAGUAAAUUUUCAUGUCCGGGUCACAAAAUUUUCAGUUCCCACUGUGAAAUAUGUAUGUGGCGAUUGUCGUAUGGUUAGUGAUUGGUGAAGGCAUGAUAACGUGGCUACCAUCACAAACUAGGCGAUGUGGGGUGCCUUUUUGAGUGGGAAUACCAAGUUACCAUGCAUAGUUGCCGCUCAAGUCUUAACUGUUGGAUUGAAAUGAAGGUUCACAAUGCUAAUACAUAUUGAGUGCCUUAUAUUGAGUAAGUAGACGGCUCUGGAUGCGUUCUUGUACUAACCUCAUUUUUUAGACAUUAUCUUUGCGCUGUAACGUAAAUUGAGACCAUAGCAAGCGUGAUCGGAGGAAGUGCGUUAAAAACUUUACGCUAAAGUUAGUAACCAAUUAACCCUAAAUAUGUAUGAAGUAACUCUAAAAUCGUAUGAAGGAACUCAAAUGAAAGAUCGGCGUGGAGACUAGCAGCGUAAUGCAAGAUAUAUUAAAAGCAAUCGUCCUAUUCGAAGUGUCAAGAUUUCGAAAUCUAAUUAACCUAUGCAUGAAAACCUUCGAUUUGCCUAAGGGGAAAUUAAUAGUUUUUCCUACCCUGAGAUAUUGUACGGUUUCCUACUUUCAGAUGGACGACACAUGUCGGCAGGUCCAAAUUAUGUAACGUGAGCAGUCCAACCAGUACGAUUACGUACACGUGUAUCAGAUUCGUGCAACACUUAAAAGAAUAAGUUAGCCAUAAACAUAUUUUUGAGUAAUUUUAUUAAAGUUACUGUGUAACAUUUAAAACUAAUACUAACUUAAUAUUGACAUUUACAGGUAAGUAUCAAGUACAAAAUUGAAAAUGAU